CAGAUCGACUUCGUAUAUCCGCAAGGCUCACCUAGUCAUUUGGUGCGAGCACUCGGUCGCGGACGUAUUCGAGCUCACUCUGCCUUGUGUUCGGCAAACAGGUUCAGGAGCGAUCGAAUUGUGAGACCGGCAUUUCGAUAUACGUAACAUGAUGAAGGACAUCCGAGCGCAGUUUCAGAAAAAUGGUUACGUCAUCUUGGAAGAUUUCUUUCGUCCGGAGGAGAUCGAAGAAUUGAAAUUCUGUGGAGAAGAAUUUACGAACAAGUUGCCACCUGAAUCGGAACGAAAGAUAUUUAAUACAAUAGAAUUACAACAGAAUAAGGAUAAAUACUUUUUGGAUAGCGCUAAUAAAAUAAGUGUUUUCUUUGAGACUGAAGCUCUGGAGGAAGACGGAAAACUGAAAGUUCAUCCAAGAGUAUCGUUAAACAAAGUGGCUCAUGCACUUCAUUGGUUACAUCCUACCUUUAAAAAGUAUACUUUCGAUGAAAGAGUUAAAGAAGUUGCCUUUCAAUUAGAGUAUCAGGAACCGGCAGUGUGUCAAUCAAUGUACAUUUAUAAGAAUCCUGGAACAGGCUCGGAAGUUACGAUGCAUCAGGAUGCAACGUAUUUAUAUACCGAGCCAGUGAAACGUGGGUUUUGGAUCGCAUUGGAAGACGCUACGCAAGAAAACGGAUGUCUAUGGAUUGCCCCGGGUUCACAUCAAAGCGGAGUGCACAGGCGUUAUAUACAAAACAAAGAUGUAAAUUCGCAAGAAUUAUUAAUGUACGAUAGAGCGGCGCCCUGCUAUCCGUUAAGUAAUUUCAGGCCUGUUCCAGUACGCAAAGGAACUUGUAUUCUUAUUCACGGUCAAGUAGUACAUUUUUCUUAUCCCAACAAGAGCGAAGCAUCGAGACAUGCUUAUACAUUUCAUGUGAUUGAGACGAAACACGCGUCUUAUUCAAAAGAAAAUUGGCUUCAACCACCUGCUGGUGGUUUUGCAAAUCUCUAUAGAAAUUAGGUGCAUCGUUUUAAAAAUUAUUAUUCGUUGUAUUACUGUAUAUAUUAUCUAUAAUUUUUAUUUCGUUUUUUUAACAAAACAAAAUGACAUUCUAUAUACAGUUUAGAAACUUAACAAAAAUUUUGAUUAAAUCUAUUAUUUUAUACAUUGUAUCAAAAAAAAUAAUUAAUAUCGAAUCAAUGAAAGAUAUCGUGUGCAUAAAAUGGUAACGCUUCAGGAAACUUGCUUGUACAGUAAAUUUUUUCCUGAAAGUAGACUUAAAUUUAUAUUCGAAAUUAUAUUCGAAUAUGUCGAUUUUUAUAGGAAUACUCGCAAUUUUAUCUCUUUUACUAGACUUUUUCAUAUGCAAUUCAGUCAUUUGGCCGAUUUCGGCUAAAGAUUAUCACAAUGCUCUUACUCGAAAAUACAGUUACGAUAUCUUUCAUUGGUGUUAUCGAAUAUCCUUUCUAUCGUUCUUAAAAGACUAUCGUUUAUUAUCGUCUUUUAUGAUAAUGCUUAAUUGUCAUUUAAUCAAAUAAAUGUAUUAUUAAAAAUAGAUGUAUACAUUUUGUCGAAAUAUUUAAUUAAUGUUUCUACACGUAAAAUAAAUUAACGAGAGAAUUAUUGAUGUAUAUAAAAUAUAUAUUUAUAUGUGAAGAGCUAAAGCACAAAAAUGUGUAGUCAAAUCUUGUAACUGCUUCAAUCCAGUUUUCAAUGGCUCUUCUUUUAAUAUUAUACAGUAAUAUAUAUCCAAAGGUGUUACAUCAAAUGUUUGUCUCUCUGUGUCAGUCAAAAAUGUGUUUAAAUUUUGUUGCAAACAAAGUAAUGUUUGAUAUUUUAUAUUGGAAUGUUCAGCUUGGAGAAGUAUCCUAAUUACAAAAAAAAAAAUUACAUAAAUAUACAAUAUAGAGGAAGUGUCUUAAAUAUUGAAAUAUAUAUUAUCAGUAUCUAAUAGAAAUUGACUGUGUUUAGAUACUGUGAGAGAUACUUACUUAUUAAGACUCUGUGUUAAAUCGGCCACCUUUUUCGAGAUCUCUGGUCGCAGAUAUUCUAUAGGUGUAGGUAACAACGAUAAAUUUACAGGCUUGAAAUUAAAAGAAUGCGCUAUUCCUGCAUUGCUACAUGCCGUACCACUGCCAUAAAGAAUACAAAAAAUAUAGAAUAUCUUAUUAGAUACAUUUCUUGCAAAAAUAUAUGUGAUAUGUAUCUUAAAACGAAUUCUUACCAUAUGUCACGCGCGUAAUUAUAAACAUGUUGGAAGUAUUGGAAUACUUUUCCUGCUCUAAUUUCUUGCUCUUGGACAUCUUCUAUAGUGCCUAUCUUACAGUGCAAUUUUUUCUGUUGUAUAUUAAUGAUAUAACUACGACAUUUCUUCUUGAGUUCCUAAAAACAUCAAAAAUUUUCAAAAUUAAUUAACGCUCUUGAUUUGAUUAUAAAAUUAUAUUUAUACAAAUAUAUCAAGUAUUACCGUAAUUGCAUUAAACGUUUGAGUAAUAAGUUCACUAUGUUUAUCUGCUUUAACUGCUUGUACUAAAUCGCUGCACUUUUCUAAGAUGUAUUCCACAUCUUCCAGUUUUCUGCCACCAACUGAAAUAACAUCAUUAUUAAAACACAUUAUGAAAUGUAAUAUAUUUUUCAUUAUUAUAGGAUAUGUGUUACAUACCUGGUAAACGCUCAAACGCUUGAAGUAAUUCCUUCAAAAUGUAUUCAGCACGUCUUUGAAACGAUUCAUUUAUUGCAGCGAUCCAGUGCUUUAUAGCACACUUUAAUGCAGUUACUAUAGUCCAAGGUGGCUUUAUGAUGAUAUAUAACUCCCACUCUUCUGCUCCAUAAAUUUCUGACAUUUGUUUCUUGAUAAUCUGUAAAAACAAAAAAUAUAUAUAUACAUUUACGUUUGAUAAUUGUGAGUAGACUCAAAUAAUCUAAUGUAUAUAAUACAUACUAUUGACAAAAAGUCUUUCAUAGUCAUUUUCGUAUCUUCAAAAACAUCAUCUGCUAAGCGUAAUUCAUCGUUGAAGAAAGAAUCUGUGAUGAGACCAUCAGUUAAAUAAUUUAUUACUUUGUCAUUCACAUUAUAAUAAUCUAUUUUCUCAAGAGGAUCAUUACGUCCCAAUGCCAAUAUAUUAUAUAUCAUUGCUUUAUUACAGAGAUUUUUAUCGUAUGAUAAUAAAACCUGUGCAAAAAGUAA